CAAUUAAAAUAAUGCCUCAAAAAGACGAAAAUUUACCACAAAAUGAUGACUUGACAGCCGAAAAUUUGAAGAAUUCGGGAAACGAACAUUUCAGUUUGGACAAGUUUUCCGAGUCUGUUGAUUGUUAUAGUCAAGCAUUGGCAUUGAAACCAGACAACAAAUUGAGGUUAACUCUUUUGAAGAAUAGAGCGAUGGCCAGACUUAAAUUGGAAGACUUUGAGGGAGCUGAAAGUGAUUGUGAUGAAGCUUUAAAAUUGAGCCCAAAUGAUGCCAAAGCAUUGUAUAGACGAGCACUUGCAAGAGAAAAAUUGGACAAAAUUGGUUCGGCAUUUACUGAUGCAAAAGAAGCUUUGAGACUUGUGCCUAAUGACAGGUCCUUAACUGAAUUGUGUGCUCGACUAGUUAAAACAAACUCUGAAAGAUUAAAACAAACAGAAAGCACUGAAAGCAAAACUAAAGAAAUGAUGAAAUUGGCUUUUGAAAAUGUUGGAAAGGAGGGGGAAAUGCAAAUUAAGGCUUUAAAUAAUUUGUUGGUUCUUUGCCGCGAUUCUGCAGACGGCGCCAGCAGAGUGUGGAAUAAUGGAGAAAUUGUAACUCAACUUUUGUCAAUUAUUACAAAUGUGGAGAAAAAUUCUGAUAAUGAGGCGUUAGCUGCUGUUCGAGUUCUGUCUGAAUUGACUGGAAAAUCGAGAGAAAGGGCAAUUCAAACAAUGGAACUUUUCGGUGGUGCCCAAAUUCUUACACGUCUGAUAGCAGCUAGAAAACCUUUAGUAUUUGUGGAGGCUGCGUCAACAGUCAUUCAACAUGUAUUUAAUGGACUUGCUGCAAUGGAUAGAUCAAAAGAGAUUAAACCGUGUGCUGAAACUGUUGAGAAAAAUAAAUGUAAGAGAGGGAAGUGAAAUUUAAAAAAGUCUUUUAGAAAAUAUUAAAGGGUUUUAGCUUUAAGAUCAUUUUUUAUGAGACCAGUGAGGGAGUUUUUUGUGACCGUUUAGGGGGUGUGGGGUUCGAACCCCUUCAAGACCCUUUCGAUUUUUAUUUUAUUUCUUUGUUAAAUUUAUUUUUUUAUAGGCUUAUCUUUAUCUUCGGAGCGUUUUAUAACACUAA